AUGGAAACUAAGAAUCAAACUAUGGUGACUGAAUUCUUUUUUGUGGGAUUUACAGAGCAUCUCCAGCAACAGGUUCUCCUUUUUCUUAUGUUUCUGUUUUUCUAUCUCAUCACUGCCUUUGGGAACCUGGGAAUGAUCAUUCUGAUAUGGAUAGACUCCCAGCUUCACACCCCCAUGUACUUUUUUCUCAGUCAUUUAUCCUUUGUGGAUUUCUGCUCUUCUUCUACUAUUGCCCCAAAGAUGUUGAUUGACUUCUUUAUGGAGAAGAAAAGCAUCUCUUUUCUGGCCUGCUCAGCCCAGAUGUGGUUUUUUGGGCUCUUUGUGGCCACUGAAUGUUUCCUUUUGGCUGCAAUGGCAUAUGAUCGGUACAUGGCAAUCUGUAACCCAUUGCUCUACACAGUUGUCAUGUCCCAGAGUGUCUGUGUACAUCUGGUGGUUGGACCUUAUGCCAUUGGUCUCCUAAGUUCUAUGACACAUACGGUCUUAACUUUCCACUUGCCCUUCUGUGGUCAGAAUGUCAUCAACCAUUUCUUUUGUGAUAUCUCACCCUUGCUCUCUCUUGCAUGUGCUGAUACCCAUCUCAAUAAAUUAAUCCUUUUCAUCAUGGCUGGAGCUGUGGGAGUCUUCAGUGGCCUGACCAUUCUUAUUUCCUACAUUUACAUCCUCAUGGCCAUCCUGAGGAUCCGCUCUGCUGAAGGUAGGUCCAAGGCUUUCUCCACUUGCUCCUCACACCUGACUACUGUCAGCAUCAUGUAUGGGACCCUCUUCUUCAUCUACGUGAGGCCCAGUGCGAGCUUCUCCCUGGACCUUAACAAAGUGGUAUCUGUGUUCUACACAGCAGUGAUCCCCAUGUUGAAUCCCCUUAUCUAUAGCUUGAGGAACAAGGAGGUGAAAAAUGCAUUCAGAAGGAAUCUGGAAAGGAAAAAUUGCCUAUGGGCAAAUAAGAAUGAGAUCUAUUUAUGA